GGUUUAAAUCACACUGAGCUUCACACACUCUCACUUUGCUUCCUCCCGGCCCCUCCUGCAGUCUCCUCUCUUCUUCUCUCCAUCUGCAGAUCGCUCUUCACCAACCUCCUUCUGAAAACUCAUCUGUUGCAUCUUGUGGAGAAAAAGAAAGCUCCUUCCCAAAAGACACUGAGCACCAACAAUCACCAUGGAGGCCAUCAAGAAGAAGAUGCAGAUGCUGAAGCUGGAUAAAGAGAAUGCCAUCGACAGGGCGGAGCAGGCGGAGUCCGACAAGAAGGACGCUGAGGAUAAAUGCAAGCAGCUGGAGGACGAGCUGCUUGCUCUGCAGAAGAAACUGAAGGGAACAGAGGACGAGCUGGACAAGUUCUCCGAGGCCCUGAAGGAGGCUCAGGAGAAGCUGGAACUGUCGGAAAAGAAAGCCACAGAUGCCGAGGGUGAAGUGGCAUCUCUGAACCGACGCAUCCAACUGGUGGAGGAGGAGUUGGACCGGGCCCAGGAGAGGCUGGCCACGGCCCUGCAGAAGCUGGAGGAGGCCGAGAAGGCUGCAGAUGAAAGUGAAAGAGGCAUGAAGGUGAUUGAGAACCGAGCCAUGAAAGACGAGGAGAAGAUGGAGAUUCAGGAGAUGCAGCUCAAAGAGGCCAAACACAUCGCUGAGGAGGCUGACCGAAAAUACGAGGAGGUUGCUCGUAAACUGGUGAUCCUCGAGGGGGAGCUGGAGAGGGCGGAAGAGAGAGCGGAAAUCGCUGAACUGAAGUGCAGCGACCUGGAAGAAGAGCUGAAAAAUGUCACCAACAACCUCAAAUCUCUGGAGGCUCAGUCUGAUAAGUACUCUGAGAAAGAAGACAAAUACGAAGAGGAGAUUAAAGUCCUGAACGACAGACUUAAGGAGGCGGAAACUCGUGCAGAAUUUGCAGAAAGGACAGUUUCAAAGCUUGAAAAGACCAUAGAUGACCUAGAAGAGAACCUUUCACAUGCAAAAGAGGAAAAUGUAGGAAUGCACCAAGUCCUGGACCAAACGCUGCAGGAGCUGAACAGUUUGUAAAAUGACAAGAACAUCCAACAACGACGAAAACAAAAGAACUAGAUUUUGUAAAAGAGUUUCCACAUGCCAUUCAAUUCUUUCAAUUUCACUCAUGACUGCUAAACAUUUUUAUCCCAUUUAUGUAUUUAUGUUUUUUUUUUUGUUCAUUUGUCUUUAAAAAUGGUUUUGGGUCCAAACAAUUACAGUAUUGGUGCUAGGUAUUGUGUUUUAGACCAAACGGAGCAAAAAUAAAGUUCAUGAUUAUGUCAUUUUCAAUACAUGAA